CAGUGACAUUCUAGCAACAAACCCAUACCAAAAUAUAACACUUCUUAGUCUCAUAUACUUCUUUAUAUAACCUAAUCUUUGCAUUCUUCCAACUUGUGUCUUUCACUCUUGUUUAUAAGUAUUUUUAGAUAUAUCUACACCUUAAAACAAAAUAUAGAAGCUUCUUAUUCAAAGCGAGAGAGGAUGAUGGGGACUGUGGUUUUGAAGGGGUUGGUAUUGGUGAUUCUAGGUUGCUUAUUGCCUGCUGUUUUGGUCCAGUGUCGCAUUCGUCACUACAAGUUCAAUGUGGUGUUGAAGAAUCACACAAGAUUGUGUUCAACAAAAGAAAUAGUAACAGUGAAUGGGAAAUAUCCAGGUCCAACCCUUGUAGCAAGGGAAGAUGAUACAGUCCUUGUUAAAGUGGUUAAUCAUGUCAAAUACAAUCUCACUAUUCAUUGGCAUGGUAUUCGUCAAAUAAGAACAGGAUGGUCAGAUGGGCCAUCUUACAUAACACAAUGUCCAAUUCAACCUGGGCAAACCUAUACUUACAAUUUUACAUUAACGGGUCAAAGAGGAACCCUUUGGUAUCAUGCUCACAUCCUAUGGCUUAGGGCAACUGUCCAUGGGGCAAUUGUCAUCUUGCCUAAACUUGGUGUUCCUUAUCCGUUUCCAAAACCGCACAAGGAAGCAGUUGUUGUAUUAGGUGAAUGGUGGAAAUCAGAUGUUGAAGCUGUGAUUAAUGAAGCUCUAAAAUCUGGCUUGGCACCUAAUGUCUCUGAUGCUCACACAAUCAAUGGAUUUCCAGGGCCUGUUAAAAAUUGUAACUCACAAGAAUUAUUCAACUUAAGUGUAAGGCCAGGAAAAAAAUACAUGCUUCGUAUUGUCAAUGCUGCACUUAAUGAAGAACUUUUCUUUAAAAUUGCUGGACACCAACUUACAGUUGUUGAAGUGGAUGCUACCUACGUAAAACCCUUUAAAACUGAUACAAUUGUAAUAUCACCGGGUCAAACCACCAAUGUAAUCCUUGAAACUAAUAAGUUUGCAGGCAAGUACUUGGUGGUAGUUUCGCCCUUUAUGGAUGCACCUAUUGCGGUGGAUAAUGCUACCGGUUUGGCUACUCUCCACUAUGCAACAUCUAAUAGAUCGACUACUCUAGCAACCACCCUUACCGCACCCCCACCCAUCAAUGCUACUCAAAUAUCUGAUAGCUUUACCAAAUCUCUCAAAGCUCUUAACUCUAACAAAUUUCCUGCUCUAGUCCCUCAAACAGUUGAUCAUUCAUUGUUUUUUACUGUUGGUUUAGGAGUUAAUCCUUGCUCAACUUGUGUGAAUGGGUCUAGAGUUGUGGCCGCGAUCAAUAAUGUUACAUUUGUUAUGCCAACCAUUUCUCUUCUACAAGCACAUUACUUUAAUAUUAAGGGUGUUUUUACUGCUGAUUUCCCUGCAAAUCCCCCUACACCAUUUAAUUAUACUGGAAAUCAAGUUACAAAUGUAGCUACCACAACUGGGACUAGAGUAUACAAACUUCCUUACAAUGCAACUGUUCAAUUAAUCUUACAAGAUACCGCGAUGUUAACACCAGAAAAUCAUCCGUUCCAUUUACAUGGAUUCAAUUUCUUUGUUGUUGGUAGAGGUGUAGGAAACUACAAUCCAAAUACUGAUCCGAAGAAAUUUAAUCUCGUUGAUCCCGUUGAAAGAAAUACAAUUGGAGUACCAUCUGGUGGAUGGACUGCCAUCAGAUUUAGAGCUGAUAAUCCAGGAGUUUGGUUCUUGCAUUGUCAUUUGGAGAUUCACACAACAUGGGGAUUAAAAAUGGCAUUCUUGGUAGAUAAUGGCAAGGGACCAAAUCAAUCUAUUAUACCACCUCCUACUGAUUUUCCCAAAUGUUGAUAAACGACACGAUAUAUUCAUAUUUGUCAUAGUUUGCAAUUUUUCUGCUCUUAAGGGAACCAAGAUAAACACACCAAAGAGGGGAAAUUUACAUUGAAAUUGAAAAUUUCUAUAGUGGUUUCGAAAAAGAGUGUCAUAAGAGAGGUGUUUUUUCAAUCAAGAAGCUCAAGAAAACAGUUCUGUUACUAAACCAAAUCUACUUUGGUUUCCAACAUUAUGUAAUAUUCAAAAUUUAAAACUAUUAAUGAUUUCAUUCUUUA